AUGCAACCCUCCCAGCUCGAGAUUCAGCGCGAGGUCGAAGCUCUCCGUGACAUCAGACGACGGUCCACUGCUCAAGGUGGUCCCGGCUCUCUCAUCCUUGACCCCGAUCUCCCCAGUGAGGCCUCCCAGGCUCAGGCCGCGUACUGGUCGCCCACAGACGACUCGAGCAGCAGCUCGCAUGACAGCCAUCUCGAUGAUAGCUCCGUCGAGGCGCAUGACGAUCCCUUCCAUCUCUUCUGGGUUCCCGCUGGAGUUCAUCCAGAACUCGCACCAAAGGAGUUUCGGGAAUUUCUGAAGGAACAUGCGCGAUCCGACGGCACUUCUACGCCUGGCCCGGGACGCUCAAAUUCAGUCGGGUCCACUAGCUCAGGGCUUGGGCGGAAGAGGUCGAUGCUCAGUAGGCAGUACAAGCCUUCUGCCAAUGACGGUGUAGGCGAACAGGAGGAAAAGGUCGUGCCCCUUCGGCGGAAUCGGUCGAGCUAUGUCAACGUUGUGCCGCAGUUGACUAUCAGCGACCUCCAGAAGCUGGAGGAAUUGGCGGAGGAGGCGUCCCAAAGCGAUGAUCCCACGAAGCUGCGAAGCGUGUUGAGGAGGAGCCUGAGCUUAAACAUCGCCCCGUCCGUGAUCGACCAAAUGGACGAUCUCAGGGAUCCUGGAGAUGAUGUCGAUGCUCCCAUAAUCGUCCCCCCGCCUGGCCAGGUCCUGCGUCGGACUGCACGCACGAAAAUUCGCAAAGCAGGGACGGGCGAAGGAGCACAUCGCUUCACAGCCACACGACGGCGAAAAUCUGUUGGACGUGCCGCUACCAUGGAACCGCGCUCCUCUAGCGACUUAUCGUCCAGUGACCAUGGCGAGACUGAGACCAUUCGUCGGGUACCUCGAUCGACAGAAGAUGUUCCGGAGGUCCCACCCCUCCCGCGACCAGAGUCGUACAGCGUGGAGUCCGCCAUCUACGAUGCCUAUGCCCAGGAGGAGGCCGAGCAUGUUAUCGAGCCUCCCGUGAUAUCGAGGAGCCCGGAUAUUGUCACCAAGCUUGUGCCUGACUCACGUCCCUCUGUCGAAGAGCCUGAGCUGAAGCCAGAAUUAUCAUCAAGCAUCGUCGAACCCUUCAUCCAUCAGCCUCAACCCCAGCGAGCACUUGCGCCACCCUCUCCCGCGGAUUCUCCUAUCCCUCCGAGAACGCCCUCACCUUCUACGCCUGACCUGACGACCUCGCCGUCCACUUCCGACAGCACUCAUCACGCAAGACCUCCUCUUCCUCAUACCGUUAGCACACAUCAUCCGCCUUCACCGACGCCGUCUGAGAAUCGACGCGAGAAGGACAAGAAAGGCCUGUUCGGAAAGUGGGGCAGCGACAAGAGCAGCAAGAAGCACAAGGAGAAGGCCGAGCGCGAGAAAGAGAAAGAGACAGGCUUCUUCGGUUCGCUUUUCGGCUCGAAAAAGAAGGCCGAGGAGUCGCAGCCCGUGAGCUCAGGCGCCGCCGGGCGUGAAACGGCAGUAGCACUUUUGGGGGCAUCCAAGUCCUCGAAGAACUAUGUUCCGCCUCCCUCACCUCAGCUUGGGUCGUACGCCCGAUACCCCAUCCACGUCGAGCGCGCCAUAUACCGCCUCAGUCACAUCAAGCUUGCCAACCCACGGCGGCCUCUAUACGAGCAGGUUCUCAUCAGUAACCUGAUGUUCUGGUAUCUUGGUGUCAUCAACAAGACCGGUCAGAACCAGGGACAGGGCCAGGGUCAGAACGCCAAUGCACAGGGAGUGGCAGUCGUCCCCUCACCUGACAAGGAACGGGAGGAGCGGGAAGAGAGGGAACGGGCUGAGAAGGAGCGCGAGAAGCAGGAGCGGAAAGAUGGCCAGCGGAAGGGCAGUCUCACCAAACCUGCACCGAACGGCUCCAGAAGAGCAGAAACGCCAGUGAGGGGCCCGCAAUACGAGAUGCAGCAUCGUGCCAUGGAACAAAGCUACGUCGCGUACGGCUCGUCAUCCAACGGUAGCCCACCCCCAGUGCGGACAUCAUCGGCCCCCCCGCCACCGAUGAAUCUGCCUCAUCGCUCCUCUCCUCAACAGUCGCAGUAUUCCGUACAGCUUGUGCAGCCGCAACCCCGGCAGCCGACCCUGCCGGGUAGCUCGACGACCCAGUACUUCGAGAUCGGCGAGUCAUCGCCGGUCACUCCGCAACAAUACCCGUUCGUCGUGACCGGUACGCCACACUUACCCCCAGGAGCUAUGCCACCCGUCGCUGUCGAACAGACGUGGAUUUCGCAGGGACAGAGCAGCAUAGCGAUGAGUCAUGGAGGCUCGUCGCCCCCUCCAAGACAAGCGUCGCCGCCCACGUCUCCGUCGUCUCCAGGGCGUAGACCACGAUCGCCCCCGCAGACAAACCGUUACGCACCUCAGCAGGAGAAGCAGGGGUACGGCCAGCCAGUCGGGUACAGGUCACCAGGACGGUCAUUGUCUGCGACGGCUGCACCUUCCCCGGCGAUGGCUCCGGUGAAUGGGAAGGUGAAGAAGGUGAUGAGUGCGCAUGCAGUCCCUCCGAGGCAAGCGAGUGAGGACGAGGAUAUCCCGCUCGCGAUGUGGCAACAGCAGCAACGGAGAAAGGACUAUUGA